AUGGCGGGGCAAGAUGAAGCGCCGCAGCGCGAGGGCAAGCUCCUGUUGGUCUCCAACCGCUUGCCGAUUACGAUCAAGAAGACUGACGAGCCUGGUAAGUUUGAGACCAGCAUGUCGUCUGGUGGCUUGGUGAGCGGCCUCAGCGGCAUGACGAAAACCACUACCUUUCAAUGGUACGGCUGGCCAGGCCUGGAGAUCCCCGAGGACCAAGUCGACUCGCUCAAGAAGCAGCUGAAGGAGGAGUACAACGCCAUACCCAUCAUGCUGGACGACGAGCUUGCCGAUAGGCACUACAAUGGCAUGGCGAACGAGAUUUUGUGGCCUCUCUUUCACUAUCAUCCGGGCGAGAUUACCUUUGACGAGAGUGCGUGGGACGCCUACACAACCGCAAACCGUAUAUUUGCAAAGGAAGUCAUCAAGGAUGUGGAAGACGGCGACAUCGUCUGGGUCCACGAUUAUCACCUCAUGCUGCUUCCGGCCAUGAUCCGUGAAGAACUCGGAAACGAAAAGCCGAACAUCAAGAUAGCGUUCUUCCUGCACACACCGUUCCCAAGCAGUGAGAUUUACCGCAUCCUACCUGUGCGCAACGAGAUACUCCUUGGUCUGCUGCAGUGCGACCUCAUCGGCUUUCACACCUACGACUAUGCUAGGCACUUUCUAAGCAGCUGCUCCAGAAUACUCGGCCUUCCCACUACCCCCAACGGCGUCGAAUACUCGGGCAAGUUCGUGACUGUCGGCGCAUAUCCAAUUGGCAUCGACCCAGAAAAGUUCUCGGAAGGCUUGAAGAAGCCAAAGGUGCAGGAGCGCAUUGCCGCCUUGGAGAGGAAGUUUCAAGGCGUAAAGCUCAUUGUUGGCGUGGAUCGCUUGGACUACAUCAAGGGUGUUCCUCAAAAACUGCAUGCGUUGGAGGUGUUCUUGACCGAACAUCCUGAAUGGGUUGGCAAAGUCGUGCUUGUGCAGGUAGCCGUACCCAGUCGAGGUGACGUUGAGGAGUACCAGAACUUGCGAGCUACCGUCAACGAGCUUGUUGGGCGCAUAAAUGGCAAAUUUGGCACCGUCGAGUUCAUGCCAAUCCAUUGGAUGCACAAGUCGAUACCGUUUGACGAAAUGGUUGCUCUGUACGCAGCCUCUGACGUGUGUCUCGUCUCCUCCACACGCGACGGCAUGAACCUGGUGUCUUACGAAUACAUUGCCAGCCAAGAAAAGAAACACGGUGUCCUGAUUCUAUCCGAGUUUACGGGUGCUGCGCAAAGCCUCACACGAAGCUUGAUUGUCAAUCCUUGGAAUACGGAGGAGCUUGCGGAUGCAAUCCACGAUGCUGUGACCAUGGGUGAGGAACAGCGAAAGAGUAACUACGAGUUCCUCCGCGACUACAUCAACAAAUACACCAGCUCUUGGUGGGGUAAAACGUUCGUGGAUUCACUAAAGGAUGUUUGCAAGGCGAGAGACGCGCGCAACGCAAGCCCUCAGGGACCUGUGUAUACCAUCGAAUCACCGAGAGUCGAGACGAGCAAGUCGGUCUCUUUCCAGCUUGACAAUGGCCAAGAUAGUAGCAAGUCUCAGCAACAUCAAGAAUUUAUGAAGAAACAGGCUGCUGCUAUCGCAGCGAAAGACCUGCCUGCCACUCCUACCCCUGGCACUCCAGUUCAGCGAGGCGAGCUCAUUGGAGCGGAUGGUAAACCUUUGCCAGAUCGAACUAUAUCACCAGCUCAUGCGGGUGGAGAGGAUACGAGGUUGAGUGGAAAUGGUGAACAGGCGCAAAAAAUCGAGAGUAAUGGAACGCCAAUUGCUCCACAAAAGUCGAAGUCUAUGUGA